UCAAAAGGAUAGUGAGGAGUCCAAUGUAGAGACAUUGCUGGCAGCCUACUUGUACUAGCCUACAUUUGUUCUGUUUUCGGCGCUGCAGAAGCUUUUGGAGCUUUUAUUCCUAUGAAUUACACACAGAGCAGGAGGCGUCUCUUUCCAUUUAGUUGUAUCAUCUGUGUUGAGAGGACGAUGCCUUUGAGGACCGGACUUUUUCUCCUGAUGGUGCUGAACGCAUCUGCAAAUGAACUGGAUCAAAACGAGUCUUAUUCGCCCAGGAGAGCACGCUUUUCUGCCAAUAGCCCUUCAGAUGUGGCACGCUGUCUCAACAGUGCCCUCCAAGUUGGCUGCGGAGCCUUCGCCUGCCUGGAAAACUCAACUUGUGACACAGAUGGCAUGCAUGACAUCUGCAAGUCCUUCUUAUACAGUGCUGCUAAAUUUGACACUCAGGGUAAAGCAUUUGUGAAGGAGAGCCUUAAGUGCAUUGCCAAUGGCAUCACCUCGAAGGCAUUCCCCACCAUCCGCCGCUGCUCCACCUUCCAAAGAAUGAUAUCUGAGGUCCAAGAGGAGUGUUACAGCAAGCUGGAUAUCUGCACUGUUGCCCGAUCUAAUCCAGAUGCUAUUGGUGAAGUGGCACAGCUGCCAAGUCACUUCCCCAAUAGGUUUUAUGGUAAGCUGCUUCAAAGCCUGAUGGACUGUGAUGAGGACACAGUGGACCGCGUUAGGACCAGCAUGGUGUCGCGGCUGGGCCCAGAGAUGACCAUGCUUAUUCAGCUGCUGCAGAACAAGCCCUGCCCAUCCACUGCUGUGGCUGCAGCUGCCGCCAUCCCAACUGGAGUGGAGGGCCGUGGGAGCUGGCGCUGGUCCAUGGGUCCCCAUAUGUACAAGAUCCAGCCUAAUCUGCGAAACAGAGACCCUGCCAGUCAUUUUGGCAAAAAGCGCUCUGCCAGUGACAGCUCCUAACUUCCACUCAGAUUCAAAAAAAACUCCACACACCCCUCAAAACAUCACGAAAGCUCCUCUAUUCCCUAGGGGUGAUAAAAUCCAUUCCUCCGCUAGACUGGAAGUUACAGAAAUAUGCACCUCUAGGGAAUGCCGGAUCGCCCAUAGAGUUGAUAUCAGAGUUUGAUUGUCGUUAUAUUGUAUAUCCUACACUAUAGGCUUGAGAGAACCCCCCUUCCAUCGACUGUUUUCAAACGUGUCCGCUCACAGUUAGUGUUGAACAUGUGGCUGUUGCAUCUGCGCAACACGGUCCUGUUCAUACUCCUCCUCACCUCCUUCAACAGGGAUGAAUCCUUAAGAUGUCUCUUGAUGCCAAGCAAGAAAAAAGAAAAGAAAAAAAAGCAGCCAUGGUGGUUCACACCUCUAGAGCACAAGUCCGUACUUUAAAAGACAAAAACACAAUCUCAUUAUCCUGACAUUUGUUCAUGAAUAGAGAUAGUUGGAUUAUUAUUAGUUCAUUGAUAGGAAUGCGAAAUUAUUGGUAGAUGUAUCUAAUAUUUCAGCAAUGAGACCAGUCAAAUUGUGAGCAUGAGAUGUGGAAAUGAGUUUCAUAUCUAUUUUCUGACACUAACAUAACACUUAAAUGUACUGUACACUAAGUUAUCUGAGACAGCCAUAGCAAGCCCUCUAAACGAGAGUGCUCAUACGGAGUGAGGUCUGUA